AUGACAAUUUCUUCCACCACCAUUGUAGGGAAGGACAAGGAAAUCUAUCAGCUGAGAGAAAAAGGAAACAGGACCAUUGAACAAUACAAGAAUGACAUUGGAAAGGAAAAGCAAAAAAUACACUGUGAACAGUAUCACAAAGUCAUUGUCCUCAAUGACUUGGUGAAGUCUCUGCUUGAAAGUCUUCAGUCACACCCAGAGACCCACACAGAGCUCUACUUUCUGCAGGGACUGAGUAUGUUAAUGGACCAACAGACCACAAGAGAAUUAGAAAAUCUCUAUCAGAGGCAUAGUUCCCUUUUGACUCAGGUAAAAGCAGAGAAGCAGAAGCAGUCAAGGAGAGACUCCCUCAAGCCCUGGGAGGCUGAGCUAGAAGCUGUUUCCAAGGAGAUCAGUGACUCCACUCUGGGAAUUGAGCAUCUCCUGAGAGAAGCUGGCCAAAUCUACGAAGCUCUGGAAGAAGCUUCCUCCCAAACAAAUAUGCUAUUUCUCUCCCUACCCCAAAUGGCUGCUGACCUGAUGAUAUCUGGAGUUCCUAUAGAGCUGAUAGAUGGGGAUGCUUCUUAUGUGCCCCUGAAGUGGGUGGCUGCUGUUUUUGACAAGGUCUCUGAGAAACUUGGAAACAAACGGAUGUUUGUUCUCUCUGUCCUUAGCCUGCAGAACUCAGGAAAGUCCACUCUACUGAAUGCAAUGUUUGGGCUACAAUUCAGUCUCAGUGCUGGGAGAUGUACAUGGGGGGCCUAUAUGCAGCUCAUGAAGGUGGAAGAGAUGCUCAGAGAAGAGGUGGACUUUGAUUUUGUGCUGGUUGCAGACACAGAAGGACUUCAGGCCUCACAGCUCAUCAACAAAUCACAGAAUGAGGAAAAUGAGCUGGCAACCUUUGUCAUUGGACUUGGAAACUUAACUCUAAUCAAUAUUUGUGGGAAGGAUCUGUCAGAAAUACAAGAUAUUCUGCAAAUAUCUGUACAUGCCUUUCUUAGAAUGAAACAACUGAAUAUCUCCCCAAGAUGCCUAUUUGUUCAUCAGAAUGUGGAAGAAAUUAUAGAUACAAAUCAAAGUAUGGAAAAGCAAAGGUGGCUACAAAAGAGAUUGGAUGAAAUGGCAGUUGCUGCAGCCAAACAUGAACAGUGCUCAGAUAUAUCCCACUUCAGUGACGUCAUUAAGUUUGAUACCAAGACCCACGUUUAUUACUUUGCUCACCUCUAGGAAGGUUAUCCCCCAAUGACUCCACCCAAUCCCUGCUAUAGCCACAAUGUCCAGGGGCUGAGAAGUAGGAUUCUUAAGGAUGCCAAAAAAGAAUCCAGGGGAAAUAUUUUGAAGAUAUCAGAGCUUAAAGCCCGGAAAUGGGAUUUGUGGAAGGCCUUAGUAAACGAGAACUUCAUUUUCAGUUUCAGAAACACUCAAGAGGUCAUGGCUAUGAAUAAAUUGGAGACCAUGUACAACAGCUGGACCUGGGAACUGAGAAGCCAUGUACUGGACUCCCAGAGAGAGCUGAACAACGAGGCUCAGAAUGCAGAAGUUGAGGAGCUCAAGAGAAGCUCAGUUGAGAAUCAAGUUACAAAAAAAUAUGAAGCCAUGAAGCAAGAACUUGAGAGGUGUUUUCAAGAGACAGAAAUACUGGCCCAGUGGAAAGAAAGAUUUAAAGAUGAUUUGAAGAAUCUUAAAGAGGACCUUUUAGUAGAAACCAUGAGAAAAUACAAGGAUCUAAUUAGUGGAAAGAAAAUACAAGACCUUUUGAAGGAGAAAAAAAUAAAAUUUGAACAUAAGUUAUUAGAAAAAAUAAGGGAGGUGUCUGGAUCCCCCACUGAGAAAGAAUUACAUAAGGAGCUGAGGGAGAUGUUCAACAAGAUCUGGUCAGAGCAUGUCUCCAUUCUUUUGCCCCCCAAACUCCCAUCUGUUGAGGAUCCUGAUAUUGAUAUUGAGUUAAAGAAUAUUCUCCUGGAGCAUUUUAAACAGCAGCCCAAUAUUGUGACAAAGUUAGGUAUUGUGAUAGAUAGGAAGCAAACAUUUUCUAUCAAUUCCUCUAAAUAUGCCAUCACCUCUCAAAAGUUCCAAGUAUUUGAACCUUCUGUGGAAGAGUUCAAAAAAGAGAUUAUAAAUAAGACAGCUCAAAUUAUGAAAAGGGUUAAAGAAAUCAUCCACAAAAGAGAACAACAGAAUGAAGGUUACAGUUCUAGUUACUUCCGUGAAAUCCUGUGUGUGAUUCAUACAGAGACUGAGGCUGAAUCUCAAAGAGUCAGAUUCACCCUAAUAAAUAGAUGUAAAUUAGAACUCGCCCUAGAGCUAUUCCAAGAGGCAGCAAACAGUUUUCAAAAGGUGUGUGUGGCAUUCAAGAGAGCAAAUAACCCUGUCCUCUACCUAGAGAGUAAAAGAGAGGAAUUUUUUUACCGAUUUUAA